CGCAAGGAUCAGUCACUCUCUGAGCUCGCUCUGUCGAAGCUCCCCGCUUCUCUCCAAGUCGCCCCCGGGUGCUUUCGGACUCUCGCUCUCAAGCUCUCCGCUCGCUCGAUACGCCCGUCAGAUUCGCUCUCCAGCGCCCAACUCCCAAUCGCUUUCGACGGCCCUACCAUCUCUGAGACUCCUCCUGUGUCCGCUGCCGGACUCUCCCCGUGCCCCUGCACCACGCUAUCGCGAUCUAGCGGUGUUCAUCUCGCUGUUAAGACCCUUCCACCGGCUCUCUCUAUCUCCACCUCUCCCUCUCUCUCACCAUCCACGUCUCCACUUUCACUCGUCAACCCUCUUACCAGCUCUACAACCCCCCCCCCCCCCCCCCCCCCCAAACACUCUCAGCGACUCUUUCAACGGUCGUCCAAAUUCACCAGCACCACUCAUUGUCUUUCCAUCUCUCCGCCUCCUCCCCCAACCUCCCCCAUCAAUUCUCUCACCACCUCACCAACUCUCACCGUCUUCCUCUAUCUCGCUGCUCAUCAUCUCUUUCAGUCGACUAACUCAACUUAUUAUCCAUCUCGCUCAUCAAGUCACCGAUCAUCUCUCCAUCCAACAUCUCUCUCUCUCUCUCACCGUCUCCCCCGAUCUCCGAGUGCUUCCAGCUCCCCUUUCAUAAACAAUCUCAUCGCCGCGGCCGUCGCAAUGUGGAGCCGCUGUUUUCCAUCCUUGGUGCUGCUGCUGCUGGUGCUGACUCGCCCGUCCGUGGGACAGAACCGGCGUCUGGUUCGAACCAGCAAAGGUCCCGGCAGUAGCAGCAGCAGCAGCAACUUCCAGAACAGGCGAGGAUCUGGAACGCUGCAGCAGCAACAGCAGCAGCAACAGCAGGGGAUAGGUUCUGUCGAGUCGCUGUUGGUCGCUGCUCAGCCUUCUCAACAUCAACCCUCACCUCCAGCAGCAGCUCCGGCAGCAGCGGUGGCGGCGGCAGCUCCAGCAGGCUCCGAACGGGAGGAGAGCUUCACGCUGGACUUCACGGCCGUGGAGGGCAACGUGGAGACCUUCAUGAGCCAGAUCAAGAACCUGGCGCAGUCGCUCUACUCGUGCUCGGCGCAGGCGAGCGAUGACAUGAAGCUGCACCUCAUCUCCAACGACUCGGUGACCUGUAACGACGGCACGCCGGCCGGGUAUUACCUGCGGGAGUCGAAAGGAAGCAAGCGGUGGCUCAUCUUCCUCGAAGGAGGCUGGUGUUGCUUCAGCAAGGAGAGCUGUGACGCGCGGUACAGCACAAUGCGGAGACUCAUGGGCUCUGCGGACUGGCCUCAGAGUCGCACAGGACAAGGGAUUCUGUCGUCCUCGCCGGAGGAGAACCCCCACUGGUGGAACGCCAACUCCGUGUACAUCCCCUACUGCUCCAGCGAUGUGUGGAGCGGCACCUCCACCAAGACCGGCAAAGACGGUUACGCGUUCAUGGGAGCGCUGAUCCUGCAGCAGGUCAUCAGGGACCUCAUCCCCAAGGGCGUGGACCAGGCCAAGCUCUUGAUGCUCGCCGGGACGAGCGCGGGCGGCACCGGGGUGCUGCUGAACGCCGACCGCGUGGCCGAGCAGCUCGAGGCGCUCGGCUCGCCGGCCCAGAUGCGCGGACUCGCCGACUCGGGCUGGUUCAUCGACAACAAGCAGUUCCGCCCGGCCGACUGCCUCGACUCAUACUCGUGCCUGCCCACGGACGCCAUCAAGAAGGGCAUGAAGUACUGGAGUGGCAUCGUCCCGGAUCGUUGCCGGCAACUCUUCCGCCGCGGGGACGAGUGGCAGUGCUUCUUUGGCUACAAGGUUUACCCCACGCUCAAGACGCCCGUGUUCGUGGUGCAGUGGCUGUUCGACGAGGCGCAGCUGUCGAUGGACAACGUGCACCUGACGGGCCAGCCGGUGCAGGAUGACAAGUGGAGCUACCUGCAGAACCUGGGCCGGGAGCUGCGCAACACUCUGCGAGACGUCUCGGCCGUGUUUGCGCCGUCCUGUCUCUCACACAGCCUCAUCAGCAAGAGCUCGUGGCUGGACGUGCAGGUGAAGGGCGCUUCGCUGGCGCGUGCCCUGCAAUGCUGGGAGCGCGCCCUGCAGGACGCGUCGCGGGUUGGCGGCGGCGGCGGCGGCGGCGGCGGCGGGGGCGGCGCCCGCGCGCCCCCCCGGGGUUGCCCCUCGCACCUGGUGGACAACUGCCCCUGGCCGCACUGCAACCCGUCGUGCCCGACGAUGCGCGACCACUACACGGGCAAGGAGAUGAGCGCCGUGCAGUUCCUCAUGCACCUGGGCUUCGACGUGCAGCGCAUGGCGCAGCAGCUCGGCGUGGAGCCCAACAAGCUCCUCGCCAUGCUCAACAGUGGGGGCUAGCCCCCGGUGGGGGG